UUCUCCUCUCCAAAUCAGCUCCACCCAGUGCCUCUGCCCCUCACUAAUGCUGAGACAUGAUUGGAGCAGAGAGAUUCAUCCUCAUUGGCUGUCUGCUGCAAGGAGCCUUGGGCAGCGAUUGGGCAGUCUGGAUGCCUCAGAGUAUUGAAGCUCUGAUUGGAUCCUGUGUCCUGAUUCCCUGCAGAUUUGAGAUCCCAUCUGAAUAUGAUUCAGAUCUAUUACAGGAUCCAUCUUCAGUUAAUGGAAAAUGGAAAAAAGAUGAAACUAUAGUGUUUGAUUCCAGCAGCCAAUCUGCAUCUUCUCUGCAUGGAAAGAUCACUGGAGACCUGUUGCAGAAAAAAUGCACAACAGUCCUGGAGAACCUUCCAAUGAAUUAUCAUGGUCGUUAUAAAUUCAGAUUAGAAUGCAACAAUAGACUCAAAUGGAAUUUUAAACAAAGUGUUCAAAUUAAUAUCACAGCCUCUCCACCCAAACCCAAGUUAACCCCAGAGAGGGUGGAGGUGAUGGAGGGGACCUCUGUGAGCUUGAGCUGCUCUGCUGCAGCCCCCUGUCCCAAACUCCCCCCAAAUCUGACAUGGACCCCCAGGCUGAGUGACAGUGUGGGUCAACUGCAAGAGAAUGUGUCUGUGUCUUCUGUUCUGACCUUCACUGCUUCGCACCUCCACCAUGGGCAGAAUAUCACCUGCAGGGCACUUUACAAACUGCAACAAGGAGACACUCAGAAGACAACUGAGGCCAGUCUGACUCUCAGAGUUCUAUAUGCUCCUAAGAACACCUCAGUGUCAGUUAGUCCUUCUGGUUCAGUGUUAGUGGGCAGCUCUGUGACUCUGACCUGCAGCAGUAAUGCCAACCCAGCAGUGAAAAAAUACACCUGGCAUAAAGUGAGUGGGACAGAGAUGAACACUGUAGGAACUGGACAGAAUCUCACCUUCAAUGUGAUUGAGUCCAGUGGCAGUGAACAGUACUACUGUGAAGCACAGAAUGAACAUGGAAAAGAGAAAUCAAAAACUGUACAACUGGAACUUGAUUAUCCUCCUAAGAACACCUCAGUGUCAGUCAGCCCCUCUGGUUCAAUGUUAGAGGGCAGCUCUGUGACUCUGACCUGCAGCAGUAAUGCCAACCCAGCAGUGCAGAACUACACCUGGUAUAAAGUGAAUGGGACAGAGAUGAACACUGUAGGAACUGGACAGAAUCUCACCUUCACUGUGACUGAGUCCAGUGGCAGUGAACAGUACUACUGUGAAGCUCAGAAUGAACAUGGCAAGGAGAACUCAACUGUACAACUGGAAGUUGAUUAUCCUCCUAAGAACACCUCAGUGUCAGUCAGUCCCUCUGGUUCAGUGUUAGAGGGCAGCUCUGUGACUCUGACCUGCAGCAGUAAUGCCAACCCAGCAGUGCAGAACUACACCUGGUAUAAAGUGAAUGGGACAGAGAUGAACACUGUAGGAACUGGACAGAAUCUCACCUUCAAUGUGACUGAGUCCAGUGGCAGUGAACAGUACUACUGUGAAGCACAGAAUAAACAUGGCAAGGAGAACUCAACUGUACAACUGGAAGUUUAUUAUCCUCCUAAGAACACCUCAGUGUCAGUCAGUCCCUCUGGUUCUUUGUUGGUGGGCAGCUCUGUGACUCUGACCUGCAGCAGUAAUGCCAAACCAGAAGUGCAGAACUACACCUGGUAUAAAGUGAAUGGGACGAAGAUGAACACUGUAGGAACUGGACAGAAUCUCACCUUCACUGUGACUGAGUCCAGUGGCAGUGAACAGUACUACUGUGAAGCACAGAAUAAACAUGGCAAGGAGAACUCAACUGUACAACUGGAAGUUUAUUAUCCUCCUAAGAACACCUCAGUAUCCAACAGUCUCUCUGGUUCAGUGUUAGCGGGCAGCUCUGUGACUCUGACCUGCAGCAGUAAUGCUAAACCAGCAGUGCAGAACUACACCUGGUAUAAAGUGAAUGGGACAGAGAUGAACACUGUAGGAACUGGACAGAAUCUCACCUUCAAUGUGACUGAGUCCAGUGGCAGUGAACAGUACUACUGUGAAGCACAGAAUGAACAUGGCAAGGACAACUCAGCAAAUGUCCAACUAAACGUGAUAUACAUGCCUCAGAUCUCUGGCUCUGGGAGCUGCAGCAGAACUGCAGCAGAGAUCAGCUGCUCCUGUGAGAGCCGUGGGAAUCCCUCUCCCAGCAUGGAGUGGCGUGUGUCUGGACUGCGGGUCACUAACUCUACUGACAGAGUCAUCAGGGAGGAGCAGCUGGGGAACACAGGCCUGAGGAGCUCCCUCACCAUGCGCCAAUCACAGGGAGACACGCCCACUCUCCUCUGCAUCAGCACCAACACUCUCGGCUCCUCCAGCCUCCAGCUCCACCUCCCGUCUCCACAGCAACACUCGGGUUUCGGCAUUUCUUCACUGCUGAUUGCUGCAGCUGCCGGUGCUGGUGCCAUGAUGAUGAUAUGCCUCAUAAUGCAGCACAUUCUAAAGAAGAAGAGACACAUCCAGUGUUCUGGAAGUAGAAUGAAGGACAGCGAAGGGCUCAUACUGACAGAUGGGACGGCCGCUCAAGAUGAGGAAUCGAUCUACGCCAACAAGACCAUGCUGUCGGAGGCGGGUGCGGUGGAAAAGGGGGACGAGGGCGCCCUGCACUAUGCCACCGUGGAUUUCUCCAAACUUCCCGGCACGGGUGGGGAACACGGAACGGGCAUCGUCCGGGGCACUUCCAAACGUACGCCCGACUACGCCGUGAUCCGACACAAAUCCAGGGAAGAGAGAGAAGGAGGAGAGGAAGAAGGUGAGGAGGUGCAGGAGGAGGUGGAGAAGGAGGGCCAAGCUGAGCUGGGCACAGAGAGGGAUUCAGCCGAGGCAAGAGGCAAGAAGGAGGAGGAGUCUCGGCCGAAUCUGAGCCCACAGGCCUCCGUCAACCCUGAGCCCACGGAGGAGGCCACCUACGGGAACAUCUGCCGCUCCAGGCCCACUAAGAGGGCACGGCAGGGACUGCAGCAGCCGCCCCGGAACCCUGCUGCAGAGGAGGAGCAGGAGGAGCAGCGCCAGGAGGAGAACUCAGCAGGAGGCCAGGAGGACAUUUACGUGGACGUCAUGAGCCCCCUGACGGAGGGUAACGGAAAGGGAACGGAGGAGAGUGCGUACGCCGAGGUCAGGAAGCCCAAAUAAGUCACCAUGGAGAUAGGCCAACUCAUCACACCACGCUGCACUCUCAUAAUGCCAGGUUUUACUUUACAGCACGAUACAUAACAUGCGUUAUGUUGCAGUACAGAUGUUACGCUAGAUUACGCCGUCAUACUGUUAUCCACAAUCUUCCAGGCACUGUAGUAGGACCAUGCACAUACACAUUGCCAUGUGUUCUUUUCAGUACGCUAUGUUACAUUACGAUAGCUUACACGUUGUCACCUUAUGUUACAUUAGCAUAUAGAAGUUGGCAGUAUUUUUACUUACAAUGUGUUACAUUAUAAUGGCGCUUUACAUCGUGUUACCUUACAUUACGUUUAACAGCAUGUUCACUUGCGGUGUGUUACAUUACGUUAUGUUAGCAUACAAAAUUAACAGUUUUUUUUUAAAGUGUACGGCUCUUCACAAUGUGUUACAUACCACCAAUUAUGUAAUGUUUACGUUACAGUGUUACCGUUAUACUACCAGCGGUGACUGUUUUUUUCCAUGUUUGUGAGCAAGCCAUUGUGUGAGGAGUCACAUUAUGGUCCAUUACUUAGCGAUGUUACUUUGCUGUGUGUUACCUUACAUUGCAUUACCGCUUGUCGUAUUUAACCACACAGACGUUAUUCACAACAGCUGUGUGGGCUUUUGAACCUGAGUCCUGUGGUGGAGUCAGACCAACUGUCUGGACUGCCAGUGAGAUUACACAAAACGUCUUCUCAUUUCCUGUUUAAUAUUCAUUAAGUCAUUAAUAUAUAUAUAUAUAUAUUUUUUUUUAAUCGCUGUAAAUUAUAUUGAUAUCUUUUGCUGGUUUUGAGAAUGCGUGCCAUUGUGCUCGUUCUGAUAUUAAAUAUGUGUUUUAAUAUCUCAUGUUCAUAAUGUCUGUCACUCAGAGUUUGGAUUGUUAUUCAGUGAUAGGCAGGCCAUAAGGGUUUUCAAAGGCUGAUCCUGCAGUUGCAAUGACCGUGAUCAUGUAACACUGCUGCAACUUCCGUUUGUGGAAAUUGCACUCACAGUGGAAGUAUGUUGAUUUGUUGUAACAUAAUUAACAGUGCCUUGUAUUUAACUGCAUAAGAAAAAGAAAAGCUAAAUCUGUCACGUGUAUUUAUUAUAUUUAAUAAAUGUUGCACAUUUACAUUGCUGUCGAUCUGAAUCAACAGGAGUUUUGGCCACUUGUUUGCCACACACCGUAAUUGGUUGAAUAAAAACAUUGUAUUUUUGUUUA